GAAGCCGACAACCAUUUGGCAGGAGUCCAUCUAGAAUCAUUGGUUUUGUUUAUAGCCACUUGCUUCUUCUCUUCCCAAAUUUUUCUCACUUGUUUCUGUUCUCAUGUCUCAAAUUCAUUCGUUUAUACCCUCUAACGCAUCCUCCGCUACAUUGGGAAUUUCACUCAUUCUCUGCGGUCUUAUCGUAUAUAGCGUAUCCAAAAUGUUCGGCUUUCGAACAAAUCAUUUCCCUGUUGAGGGUCGGACUGUCGUUGUCACUGGGGGUUCCGAUGGAAUGGGCAAGGCUGUGGCGUGUCAGCUCGCUGAAAAAGGUGCCAACGUCGUUAUUGUGGCCCGCACCGUCCAAAAGCUCAGGGAAGCUCUGGAGGCCAUUAAGGGAACCGCCCAAGACGUCAAGAAACAAAGAUUCCACUAUAUCAGUGCCGACUUGACAGAUGCCGCAGAAUGCGAGCGUGUUAUUGCCGAGGUCACUGAGUGGAAUCAUGGUCUCGCUCCGGACGUCGUUUGGUGUUGCGCUGGCUACUGUGAGCCCGGUUUCUUCGUCGAAACCUCGGUCAACACGCUGCGAAACCAGAUGGACACCGUAUAUUGGACCGCUGCGAAUACAGCACAUGCCACUCUCAAGAGCUGGCUCACGCCCGUUCCUCCCAGCCAGCAGGUACCGUUGCCUCAGAGACAUCUUAUCUUCACCUGUUCCACUCUUGCUUUUGUCUCCAUUGCGGGAUACGCUCCCUAUUCUCCGGCCAAGGCCGCGAUUCGGUCUCUGGCCGAUACUUUGAGUCAAGAGAUUGAGGUGUACAACGGUGCUCGGGCAGCGAGCGCCAGAAAUGCAGCUCCACCGGCCGAUGUCAAGAUUCAUACUAUCUUUCCCAUGGGUAUUCUCAGCCCCGGUUUUGACAACGAGCAAGAACUCAAGCCUCAACUUACAAAGGAACUGGAAGCUGCCGACAAGCCACAGCGUCCGAUCGAAGUCGCCAAGGCAUCGAUUCAAGGUUUGGAGAAAGGCGACUAUUUGAUUACUACGAUGUUUGUCGGCCACAUGAUGAAAGCGAGCGCUCUUGGUGCCAGCCCUAGGAACUCGAUCAUUGGGGAUACUCUGACCAGCUGGCUCAGUAACCUGGUAUUCUUGCAGGUGAUUCCUGAUCUCCGAAAGAAGGCUUUCAAUUGGGGCUUGAAGAACGGCGUUCCAUCGUCUCAGUCGAAGUAGGAGUUUGGUAAAUCGUCAUGUUUCUAUUGUGCGGUGUAUUCUUAGAUACCCUCGAGCAUUUUGUUCUGUCUCUUAUCCUUAUUUGUGAUGGUCCUGUGCUUAAGCCUCA